UCGAAAUGACAGGCAAAAAAAGACAGAUACGAAAAAACCAAACUAAAACAUGUAAUGUGAUUGUGAUGUAAUACACUUAUAAACUCAUUAGAAACAGAGAGCUCUGUUUUGUCUUUUAUUUUUAUUUUUUUCCACCAAUCGAAUGGCUGAUCAGGUUCAGAUCCAGACAAUGAAUCUAGAUCACGAAGAACCAAUGGCUGGGAUCAUGCCAAGCGUCUUAACGGCAAUGUCGUAUCUCUUGCAAAGAGUAUCGGAGUCUAACGACAAGCUGAGCCAAAAGAAACAGAGGAUCUCAGGUUUCCAUGGAUUAACCAAACCCUCCAUAUCAAUCAGAAGCUAUCUCGAGAGGAUCUUCGAGUAUGCGAAUUGUAGCUAUUCGUGUUACAUCGUCGCGUAUAUAUAUUUGGAUCGGUUAGUGAAGAAGCAGCCAUUUUUGCCUAUCAAUUCCCAUAAUGUUCAUAGGCUUAUAAUCACAAGUGUCUUGGUCUCUGCCAAAUUCAUGGAUGACUUGAGUUACAACAAUGGAUAUUAUGCAAAAGUUGGGGGAAUAAGCAGAGAAGAGAUGAACAUGCUUGAGCUUGACUUCUUGUUUGGAAUCGAGUUUCAGUUAAACGUCACCGUUUCAACUUUUAAUAAUUACUGUGGUUUUCUACAAAAUGAGAUGGUGAUGUUGAUGAAGAUGGAAUCUCUGUUUCUAAAACCUUCUCUUUCGUUCAGAGGCUCUUUUAAGACGAAACUUUUGAUGAAUCCACAUGAAGAAGACUCUUUAUCUACUCAUCACAACAAGAAGCAGCAACUCGCUGCUGCUUGAAUUCUUGAUUAUAUAUAUAUAUAUAUAUAUAUAUAUAUAUAUAUGCAUUGGGUUUAUUAUCACGUUAUGUAAUGUAAACCCUCUUUUAUAUCCUGAGGAUUAAUUCUUGAUUAGUGAUGUUAGCUUAGAAUUUCGAUUGUAUCCAAGGGUUGAUAUUAUCUCUUUUCUUUUUCA